AUUUACGUUAUCAACUCAUUUGAUGAAACCAAAUUAUCUUGCUAAACUUCCCCACCGGCGCAGCACCACGGUUUCUUUAGCCGGAAAAUUACCCCCUUAGAACAAUUUGGAGUUUGUUCGUUUCGUGACUGGGGGUUGGUGUUGAUAUAAAUAUUGUUUCCAGACCGUUGAAGAACGGUCAAGGCCUGUUGCCGUGUUCCUCAAACAGUUGAAAUGACAAUCGAGGCGUUUUGUUUUAUAUUAAGCAUCUUGUAAUGGUUUAUUUUUCUUGAGUAGCCUCUUAAAAUCCACCAGUGAACUAAAAAUUAAAUAGUAAAAUUUCAUUGUACAACAUUAACUGGCUAGAGGCUGAGGCUGUGUGGUAGGGUGAGAAAUUAGCUUCAAGGGGUGCUCCAGAGUAUUUGACAACUAAGCUCGUCAAGAGAUCCGCCUUCUCGUCUACUUGGAAAUCUCAACUUUUGAACGUACCACUCUUCCGCGCUGCUAGCGGCCAAAGGACUUUUCAAUAUAGAGCAACUUCUCUUGUGGAAUAAGUGCGGCCUGAGCUCAAACUUAGCCCAUCCAUCAUUUACCCCAAUUAAAAAAAUAUAUUUCAUUUUCCAAAAUCCUCACUCCCAUAAAACACACAAAUUUUCCAAUGUUGCGUCCUUAAGUUGAGUUGAUAUUUUCUUCUCGAAGUUUGCAUCCAGAGGUUGGAGAUCUAGCUUUGAAGAGGUACACGAGAUUGACCGGGGUGUGAUCAUGGUCACAGCUGGGUGCAUCCUUUGUCUACAAAAGGUUUAGAAGGAAAUCUGAUCAGUUCAAAAUUGCGAGACGGGCACUUUAACAUUAUAUCUCAUACAAGUAUGAAAUAUCUCACGUAGUUGUGUAUUGGUAUUGGUUACAUGUGGUUUUAUCUACUCGGAGACGGACGGGCGGUGGAGGCAGAUAGAUAAAAGUGCCCGCUAAGUGGGGGAAAAGCAAACUUGUUGGUGUACCAGUCGCCCUCCUGUGAAUAAUUAGUGCUCAGUUCUCAAAUGUGAACUAAACAAGUAGACUGAAGACAAACAGACUUUUGUAAUUACUGCUUUAAAAGGGAACCUGGAGGAUCCGCGUGUUUCAAAUUUUAAAAACUAUUUAGCUCGCAGCAUACCAUUUGUUAUCUUCAUAGACACAAUUUGUUACCUUACACAACCACAAAUUAUGCCUUCCAACCGCUGAUCAGUAUUCAUUUCAGCAACAAAAUGGCGGAGUUCCAACGCCUGGGUAUCCGCAAGUUCCCUAAAAUUGCUACACGUCAAACAAGCGAAACAAGAUAUUGGAAAAAACUCAGCUUCCCCAUCAUCGUCAAAGAGUACGGUACAGUUAGCCACGUGGAUUUCUGUAGAUCAAAGCCCCACAAUUUUAUCGCCACUAGCUCUUCACGAAUCCAAAUUUACAGUUCCAGCUCAAACCAAGUCAACAAAUCAUUCUCAAAUUUUAAGGAAAAAGUUUACUGUGGUAGUUUUCGUAAUGAUGGGAAUUUGAUAGUUGCUGGAAGAGAGAAUGGCUCAGUGCAGGUAUUUGAUGUCAACAGUCGAGCUGUUUUAAGAGAUUUUAAGGGGCACACUAGCCCAGUUCAGGUUACCAAGUUUAUGUUGGACAACUUGCAUGUGAUGUCUGGCUCUGAUGAUCGGUCUGUAGUGUGUUGGGAUAUAGCAACAGGACAGGAUAUAACAACAUUUAAGGAACAUAAGGAUUAUGUACGAUGUGGUGCUCCUAGCCAGAGAAGUGAGGAUCUUUUCGUUACAGGUGCCUAUGACCACUGGCUCAAGGUUUGGGAUGUGCGCAGCCAGGGUAGUGUAUUAUCUAUGGAUCACGGCUCUCCAGUUGAAAGUGUACAGAUCUUUCCAACAGGUGGAUUAUGUGUGUCAGCUGGUUCUAACAUCGUCAAAGUCUGGGAUAUAUUAGGAGGUGGAAGACUUCUAGCAGGAUUCUCAAACCACCAGAAAACCAUUACAUCUAUUUGCUUUGAUGGAGAUUAUAAACGUCUAUUGUCUGCAUCGCUAGACAGGCAUGUUAAAAUCUAUGAUGUUCAAGAUUAUACAGUUUUUCACAGCAUGGAUUAUCCAUCACCAAUCCUCAGUCUUGCAGUGUCACCUGACAAUACACAUGUUGUGACUGGUAUGGCAAAUGGAUUCCUGUCCAUAAAAUAUCGAAUGAGACAAGAUGUGCAACAUGAGGUCCAAACAGCCAAUAAGCUUACAGCUGGAACAUACUCUUACUUUGUACGUGGCAAAAAUUUCCAGCCUGAUAAGGGUGAUUUUGUCGUGUCCGCACCAAGGAAACACAAGUUGAAGGAACAUGACCAAUUGUUAAAAAAGUUUCAGUACUCAAAGGCUCUUGAUUCAGUUCUGAGGAAGCCUCCCUAUAGUCGCACUCCACUUCUAGUCAGUCUUCUCCAAGAGUUGACACGGCGAAAGGGUCUGAAGAGAGCACUGGCUGGGAGGGAUGAGGAUAGUUUGGUGCCUGUGCUAGAGUUCCUUAUAAGACAUGUAAGUAAUCCACGGUAUACAGUUCUACUUAUCGAUGUGGCAAAUGCUGUUCUUGAUAUCUACGGACCUGUGUGUGGUCAGUCAGCAAAAGUAGAUCAGCUUUUCACUAGGUUAAAAGACAGGAUUGGCAGUGAAAUCCAUUUCCAGCAGACAUCUUUCGAGCUACUUGGAAGUUUAGAUACUUUGUUUGCAGCAGCCGUUUCUACUUUAUCACUUACAACCGAUCACGACGAAGGACAGUAAACAUCAGAUGCGUACUAGUGGCUAAAUAGGUGAGGAGACCAGCAGGCGAAUACCCAAGCUAGUUACAUGAGCGUUCAAAUAUUAGAGAUCUUAUAGGAACACUCGCCAAUUGUAAAUUAUUGUACAGAAACAAUUUUAUUAAAAUUGUCAAAGAAAGACUGUACCAAAAGCGAAAAAAAAUGUUCAAUGAAAGAAACCAUUCUCUCGAAGAAUAUGUUGAUUAGGUUUUGAUGUUUUACACGGACGGACUAAUUGAGAAAACGGUACCUUCAUGGGCGGUAAGUACUUGGUGUAAUCCUUAAUGUAUGUUAAUGAAUGCAAAUGACCAUGUAUUCCCAUAUGUUCUUCUGUAUUGAUGCAUGUAUGAAGGAUUUCACCAAGUAUCUGCCUCGUGGGCAUGUCAACUUACUAUCCUCAACACUCUGACACCAAUCUUAUCAAUUCGAUCUGUUGCUCUUAUAAAAUGUAAUUCUCGCCAAACUUUCGUUUUAAAACAAAGUAAAACGAACUGAUAAAGUUUGGAAUUACCGAACCUCCAACUUGUGUUCCCUUGCUCGCUUUCCCUGCUUUACUAGCUCCAGUUUAUAUUGAUUGCUUCAUUUUAGUACUUAAUGUGUAGGUAAGGCCCCCCAGAAAACUGUUCAAGCGAGUUUGGUUCCCUCAAUAAAUAUGACCACAGUACUGAGAUUUUUAUUAUUACUGAUAUCCAUGACGCCGCCAACUCAAAUGAUACCACGGAAUUGAUUGAUAUAUUUGAGGAAAAGCACGAGUUACCAAUUCUAAAAGCUCUUUAGAUUCGUUUUCGAACCGUUCAAGGUUUUCCUGAAAUUUAUUUAGUUAAACUAACUGGCCAUUUGUUUCCUCUUAUUGCUGUUCCCCAAAAUUCACAAGUUUGAGUACCACACAAUCAGAGAAACUAUCACACCUACUAUAGUUAAAAGGGGCACCUAAAUUUUUUUUUUUAAUUCUUGAUUACGCGAACCCUCAGUGAAUAACAAUUUAAGAAGAAGUCGUCCACGAAUUUUCCAGAUUCUCGGGGGUCCUUGAGAAACUUUUUUACCUCAGGUUAUCAGGAUUUCUCCCAAAGUUUAAUAUCCUUAAUCAUCACCAGUAUGGAUUCAGACCACAUCACUGCUAUUGGCCAUCUUAGAACUUGUCAAUAAUAUAUAUGAUGGUUUUGAAAACAAUCAGUACGAUACUUACCUCUGAAUACUUUGAAAAUCUUAGAUAAUUCUCUUUUCUUACCUUACAUAAACUAUGGCCCAGUUCAGACGCGGAUCUUUUCAUGAGCCGAACCUAAUUCCUUGAAUUAAGUACAUGAAAAGAUCGACGUCUGAAUCAAUUUGGAACGGCUAUUUCAAUUUGGAACGGCUCACCCGUUCUUCCCGCCUGGCUUGGCCGAGAAUUUCGCCUCUGGAACGCGUUUGGAACGGCUUUGAUUCAGACGUCGUACUUAUCAUGCGCAGAUCCUAAUGCAUAAACUAUUAUAAUGUAUUUUGCGAGUAAUGUGACUGGUUUUACUGGAACUGCAUCUGGAACGGCCAAAAAGAACGGCCUCCGAAUCAACAGGCGUACUUUUGUUAAUUUGGGUCGGUCCAAAUUCGAAUUGAGUUCGGCUCAUGAAAAGUUCGGCGUCUGAACCGGGCCUAUGGCAGUUUAAUAUGGGCAUCUACUUAUGCUUCUUACCUUAAACUCCUUUAUGUACUUCAAAAGAAAGCCGUUCGUAUAAUUCCUUUUUCUCCUCCGCGCACAUCCUCUAAACCCCUUUUUUCUGAGCAUAAUAUUCUUUCACUUUACUCUAUUUAUAAAUUCCAUGUUGCCUGUUUUGUAUUCUCACAUUUUAAUAACCUUUUACCUGCUCCUGUUUCCUCGAUGCUUCAUUUUAAUUCUGAAUAUCACAAUUAUUUGACUCGUUCACGUUUUAACCUGCAUAAAACCUGUCCUAAGUACCAAUUUGCUAUCACUUGGCAAGCUCCUAUUAUUUGGAAUGAUAUUCCGUUAUCUCUGCGCAAUAAUCUCACAGUAAGCAACUAUAAAUCUGUAUACCUUAUGGGAAUUUGCAUGAUGCACGAUCCUCGCAGUAGAGACGUAUCUAUAAUCGCAGCAUCAUACGUAUCUAUAACCGCAGUUCAAAAUAUAUGAACUUCAUAGAUUCAUCGUAUCUUAUGAGACUAUAUUAGGUCUAAUUGUUUGUAUUUUUUUGUGUGGUUUAUAGGAAUUUAUUAUUAGUCGUUUAAAUAUUUAAACUAGUUGCCAAGUAUUGAAUCUCAAUUGGAAGUUUUUUUUUUCUGACUGACCUUUUCUUUCUUGGUUUAAUUGUAUUGUAAUUAUUUCAGUUAAAGCUCUCUUCUACUCCUGUAAAUUCUUCACGUCUUUUUUGCUGACCUUAGGCCAUUUAAGCCCCCGGCUUUGGCUGUUCUUGUGUAUUUUUCUUCCAAUGUGUGAAUAGCAGGAAUUAAAAUGGAAUGAUGUAUGGAUUUCUCACGAGAUAUUGGUAGAUCUAUUCCAUGUCAUUUUGUAAGAACUUUUUUUAAUCAAAUCUGUAAUAAAAGUAAACUUGUCUUUGCUUUGGUGAAGGCAAAGGCCAAA